AUGGGAGAGGGCGGGACGUGGAGGCAUGAGGGUUUCAAGGGGAGCUCGAAGCUCGAGGCGAGCCAGGCGUUGCGCCGAGGGGCUGACAAGGAAGGCCAGAUUAUCGCGCCAUCCAACACGGAGCUCAACGCUCAACACCGCGAAAUCUCGGAGCCCGUGUCCAUCGAGAAGAGCAACCAGUCCCUCGAGCGGUGCCGCUAUGUGCCCGCCCGGGUGCCGCUCACCGCCCGGUCUGUCACCACGGACGCCGCCUCUUCGUCCCUGAGCCACUCCGUCCCCAAGGCCGAGGAUGAGCCUUUCCAGGUCAACCUAAGCGACGAGAGCUUCGAAACAUACGAGCUGGAUCCGCCACCCUACAGUAUCGCCACCACCAAGCAAGACCUCAGGAAGAUGUACUACGACAUGGUCUGCAUCAGGCAGAUGGAAAUGGCGGCCGACCGCUUGUACAAGGAGAAGAAGAUCCGCAUUGAGCAUGCCAUCACCAAACAGGACGACCUCAUCACUGCCUACCGAUGCCACGGUUUCGCCCUGAUGCGAGGCGGCACCGUCCGGUCCAUCAUCGGAGAGCUGCUAGGCCGACGCGAGGGCAUUGCUUACGGCAAGGGCGGCUCCAUGCACAUGUUUUCCAAGGGCUUCUACGGCGGAAAUGGCAUUGUCGGUGCUCAGGUCCCCGUCGGCGCUGGCCUGGCGUUUGCGCACAAGUACAACGACAGCAAGACGGCAACCAUUAUCCUGUACGGUGACGGCGCCAGCAACCAGGGCCAGGUCUUUGAGGCCUUCAACAUGGCCAAGCUAUGGAACCUGCCUGCGCUGUUCGGCUGCGAGAACAACAAGUACGGCAUGGGCACCUCGGCUGCCCGCUCCUCGGCCCUGACCGACUACUACAAGCGCGGGCAGUACAUUCCGGUCUCAAGGUUAACGGCAUGGACGUUUUGGCUGUCAAGGCGGCUGUCAAGUACGGCAAGGAGGACUGCGUCGGGCAAGGCCCUCUGGUCCUGGGUACGUCACCUACCGCUACGGCGGUCACUCCAUGUCCGACCCGGCACCACGUACCGCACGCGCGAGGAGAUUCAGCGCAUGCGCUCCACCAACGACCCCAUUGCCGGGUUGAAGCAGAAGAUCCUGGACUGGGAGGUGACGAGCGAGGACGAGCUCAAGAAGAUUGACAAGGAGGCGCGCAACCACGUCAACGAGGAGGUUGCGGCCGCCGAGGCCAUGGCCGUGCCGGAGCCGAAGCCGUCGAUUCUGUUCGAGGACAUCUACGUCCGCGGCACCGAGCCGCAAUUCAUCCGUGGGCGCACCCCGGACGAGAACUUCUACUUUUCUCAAGCCAAGGCGCGUCAUGUUCAGGUCGCCAGCCAGUUUCGCGCGACUCUGGGGUACGUCAAGCCCAGGCAAGCCACGUUAGGAAAGUUCUUUGGAGCCAAAGGGGCCGCGCCCCAGCAGCAGACCAAGUUGACCUUUGCCACCAAGACGAGGCAGAACGAGGCAGCGAAUGGACAUGGCGAGGCAGGUGUGAGCACCAAGGGGAACUCAGACUCGGAGAAGGAUGGCAAGAAGCGAGCACGACUGGCCGACCAGGACACCACGAAGAAUGAAGUCGACGAGGAAGACGACGGGCCGGUGGUCAAGCGCGCAAGAAGAAGCCGGAAUCGGGUUAAGCCUGAGGAAGAGGAAGACGGUGUUGGGGAGGAAGGGGUCAACAUGGAAGAACAGCCUCCAGCUGUCAAAAGGGAGAGUUCAGCCAGUCCAAAACCGAGAAGGGGUCGCCGGGCCAAGCCAGAAAACGUCGUUGACGACGGUCUAAAAGAAGAAUCGACAGCCGAGUCCGCGUCGGAAGCAGAGGAAGAUGCCGAGGCGGACGAGGAAAAGGCCGAGGUUUCUGCUGCCAAGGCACGAGAAAAGGCCCAGACUCGGCUCAAAACCAAGAGCGAGCACCCCUUCCCCGACUGGAAUCCCGGGGCUCCAGUGCCGUACGCCGCGCUUUGCCAGACAUUCUCUCUCAUUGAGAUGACGACGAAACGAUUGGUGAUCAUGGAGCAUUGCGCGCUGUUCCUGCGGCAGGUCAUGCGGCUCACCCCCGACGACUUGUUGCCCACGGUCCUCCUCAUGGUCAACAAGCUCGCGCCCGACUACGCUGGCAUCGAGCUUGGCAUUGGCGAGUCCUUGAUCAUGAAGGCCAUUGGCGAGACGACGGGACGCAGCCUUCCGGUCAUCAAGGCGGAUCAAAAGGAUAUUGGUGACCUGGGGCUGGUCGCAGUCAAGAGCAGGUCCACGCAGCCCACCAUGUUCAAGCCGAAGCCGUUGACGGUCCGAGGCGUUCACCAAGGCUUGAUGGGUAUUGCGACGGUGACUGGCAGCGCCCAGGCGAUUGUCUGUCACGAAGCCGAUCAAAAGGACAAGGUGCCGACCACGACGGAGCUAGAAAACGGCGAGUCAAUCCUCAAGACCGUCUACAGCGAGCUACCGAGCUACGAUGCCAUCAUCCCUGCCGUGCUUGAACACGGCAUCAAGAAUCUGAGGGACAGCUGUAAGCUCCGGCCCGGCGUGCCCCUGAAGCCCAUGUUGGCCAAGCCAACCAAGGCCAUCACCGAGGUCUUAGAUCGGUUCGAAGGGCAGCAAUUCACCUGCGAAUACAAAUACGACGGCGAGCGCGCUCAGAUUCACUACGUGGCCAAAGAUGCGCCGCAGGAGCUGAGCCGAGCGACGGCGAGUGCGAGCAGGGAGGCGGCAAGCGGGGUGGCUAGCAUCUUUUCGCGAAACUCGGAGGAUCUGUCCAAAAAGUACCCCGAUAUUCUCGCCAAGCUCCAUUCCUGGGUCAAGCAAGACACGAUGAGCUUUGUGCUCGACUGCGAGACGGUGGCAUGGGACGUGGACGAGAAGAAGGUGCUCCCCUUUCAGCAGCUGAUGACGCGGAAGCGCAAGGACGUCAAGGUGGAGGAUGUCAAGGUCAAAGUCCGCUUCGGGAGCGGAGAGAGCUGCUCCGAGAAGCGUUUACGCCCGUGGAGAGAGUUUGGCUUCGCCACGUUCAUGAACGGCCAGGAGCUGGAUGAGAUCCAAGACUUUCUCGACGAAAGCGUCAAGGCUUCGUGCGAGGGGCUGAUGGUCAAGAUGCUGGACGGCACCGAGAGCGGAUACGAGCCCAGCAAGCGCAGUCGAAACUGGCUCAAGGUCAAGAAGGACUAUCUGUCAGGCAUCGGCGACUCGCUCGACCUCGUUGUGCUGGGGCGUACCACGGCAGGCAAGCGGACAUCGGUGUACGGGGCCUUUUUAUUGGCAUGCUACAACCCGGCGACGGAGACGUACGAAACAGUGUGCAACAUCGGCACGGGCUUCUCGGAGCAGGUGCUCGAGGAGCUGCACGCACAGCUGUCGGCCAUCACAAUCGACCGGGCCAAACCGUUCUACUCGCACUCGGGGGGCGGGCAGCACCAGCCCGAUGUGUGGCUGGAGCCGCGGUACGUGUGGGAGGUGAAGACGGCGGACCUGACGCUCAGCCCGCGGUACAAGGCGGGCUGCAAGGAGGGCGUGGACCCGGCGGGCGGCAAGGGCAUCAGCCUGCGGUUCCCGCGCUUCGUCAAGGUGCGCGACGACAAGAAGCCCGACGAGGCGACGAGCAGCCGGCAGGUGGCCGACAUGUACCGGAAGCAGGAGAGCGUGACCAAGAGCAAGGGGCCGGCGGUGGACGAUGACUUUGAGUACUAG